GUGGAUGCUUAAGAAAGGUUUGAAUAAGAAAUCAGAAAUUUCAAGAGUGCACACCCAAGUUAAGACUUACAGAAAGUCUGAUGCUGACAGCAAAGAUCAGAAACCUAAAGAGCCACUGAAGAAACAACAGCCUUCAAAUCUUCCUUUUACAGGUUUCUUAACUACAUUAUUGUGAACUUGAACACUGUUGACACCCACAGUUACUUGUCCAUCAUGAAGUUAAAUCUUGUACUUUUGUGUCUCAUUGGUAAUGUGCCAAUUACCCUGUCCACUGUUGCUCACAAGUACCAUCUGAUCAUGACGCCAAUGACAUGGUCAGAGGCACAGAGAUACUGCAGAGAAACAUAUGAUGACCUGGCUGCAAUUCAAAGUUUCAAUGACUGGUUAAGAAUAGCAGCAGAAGCACUGAGAUAUUUUAUGAUUUUCCCUGCCUGGAUCGGACUAUAUAACAACAUAGAUAGCUGGCGUUGGUCCUAUAAUGACCUCCCACUGAAUAACAUAACCUUGAGAAACUGGCUCUUUUCUGAGCCUACUAAUGGGAAUCAAGCAUGUGCUGCUCUUGACUGGACUGGUUACUGGUUGGAUUUUCCCUGCACAGAUCUGAAAUCCUUUAUCUGCUACGAUUCUAGAUUCAGUGGUUCUGGCAGAUUCAUCUCCUACCCGCUUCCUCUCCUGAACUGGUUUGGAGCUCAGGCUUAUUGCAGAACAAUUCACACUGAUUUGGCCACUGCAACCAACUCAGUGGAAAACUCUGAAUUACAGAAACGAGUGUUUUUCAUGACCAGUUUUUGGUUUGGCCUAUAUAGGGACACUUGGACAUGGACAGAUGGGACUAUAGCUUCAAACAUUCCAUGGGGGCUUUUCCAGCCAGAUAAUCUAUUUGGCGCACAGAAUUGCGGAACGUUUGCUGUUGGUCUGAUCAGUGACGAAACCUGCAGCAGUAAAUUUGCUUUCUUUUGUCACUCCGUUCCACCAGUGAGGCAACGGCAGAUAGUGAAACUGCAGGUGAAGUCUGAUGGGAGUGUGUUAGAUCCUGACAUGCAGUCAUCCAUAUUAGAGCAGAUCAAGCAGAAGCUGAAAGAAAAUGCCAUGAAUAUGGCGAACAUCACAGUAACCUGGAGGGUACAGCCAGAUGGAAACAUCUUCUACAAGAAAAACAAGGACGAUCUGUAACAAUUAAAUGUUCACUCUAUUUUAAACAUAUAACCUUUCUCUAAAGCUCAAAUAAUGUAAACUAGAAUCUAAAUCAAGCUAGAAAGUUAGUUUUUACAUUUUAGUACAGUUUAGCUGGUUAAACCUAUCUAACUGCUUUAUCUGAAUUGAUCAAUUAUACAUAACUACAUUAUUGUGCUGUGAUGUUUAGUAGGUCGGUAGAUUUUCUUAUGCUGGAAGUUGGACAUGUACAUUCUGAGAACGAAUGCAGUAAAUAUCAUACUCAAUUCAAUUUUUAAUGUCACUUUUUAAUAAUAUGUGCUACAUAUUAUUAUUCUGUAGCUAGUUAUAUCAUUAAAUAAAAAAUAUAUUCUAACUGAGCAUUGUUUUAAGAUUAAGUCAAUUAAUUUACUUAGGAAAUGUGUCUAUCUGUGGUAAAAUCAUGUCUAUCUGAGGUGAAAGCACAUCUCUACUAUUUUAAUGCUUCAUGUGAAAUACAGUCUUUAACCUGUUGGGAACAGAACACAACCCAACAACUGGUCAGUCAAGGAUUGUGCUAUAGUCACAUUUAGAAUUUUUUGUGAAUGAGAGAAUGUAAAUGAAUGAAUUAUUUCAUAUCUGUGUGCAGUAACUGUCACUGGUUCCCCUUCACCCAGUCUCUGUUAUGAAAGUAGAUAGUCCUUAUAGAGAGAAACACUGAUAUAUACAUCCAAAAUUAUCGUUUUCUAAAAGAAGUUGAUAAAUUACUGAAAUUCCUUUCAUAAAGCUUUGUCAUACAGCAAAUUCAUUUUCACAUGGUGUAUGAAAAAACAUCCAAAAAAGUUUGCUUUUAAGAAGACGGUUUAUAAUUGUAUUUUAGAAGCUACUGUCCACACGUCUUAUGAUGUGCUAAUUAAAAUACUACAAAACAAUUAAAUGCAUCAUAAGACUUACCAUCAGCACCAGUUUUACACACAAAUACAAAAAUAUUUUCUUAAUUGGACAAUACUGCAGACACAAAGCUGAAUGUCUUUGAGAAUUUAUGUGUAUUUGUAUUAUGUCCAGAUAAGGCAACCCUAAACACUGUGUUCUUUCUGUACAACACAAAAUAAUAUGCUAAUUAUUUGAAAUUUAGAGAGGGAGAAUAUUCUUGGUUCUUUUUUUGUGUGGUUGGUGUUAAAAGUUAAUCCUCAUAAGUGAAAUAUGUGAUCCCCAUGUUUGUUACAUAAAUGUCCUAUAAAUGUCCUAGUUACAAAUUCAGCAAAUGUUAUACAGUUUAUUUAUAAUCAAACUUUUACUGCUCUACACUGCAUAAUUAAUAUCUUCAUUCUGUCUAAAA